AUGUGGGUGAGGAAAGGGAUUAUUAACAUUAUUGAUUUAAGUAAUGAUUAUUAUAUCGUUGCUUUCACACAUGAAGAAGAUAAACAUGAAGCUUUGGUAGAUGGUUCAUGGUUUAUCUAUGAUCAUUAUUUGAAUGUUAAGCAUUUGAGUCCGGACUUCCAUCUUAAAAGUGAUACAAUCAAAAAUGUUUCUAUGUGGAUUAGAAUUGUUGGAUUACCCAUUGAAUACUAUGACCCAAGAGUGCUCCAUUUUAUUGGAAACUAA